AGAAGGUGCACAGGCAAAUUACUCGAAAUUCUUACCAAUGAAUCCCAUCCAAUAUGGCAUUCUGAGCCAGCCUAGGCCAACCAAAGAAGUAACAAACACCCCCAACAAUCAUGAAGUCAUUCUUCGUUCUCACAGUGAUGGCAGCUAGGUAAGCCUCCGCCUCACGACUGUCGCUUGCUUCUAGUCUUGACGGAGGCUGGCUACCUUGGCCACAAAAAGUUCAGCCGAUCUCGGGGAGUUUUGCAUACGUUCACGUCAAAAACUGCCCUACACCCCUUGGGAAUCAGCGAUAAACCCUGAGCACCAGGCAGACUGCGUGGCACCGGCCGUGCCAGGUCCAUUCGCGGUCAUUCAGGUGUCUCUGAAGCGUUACAAGUCAGCUCCACGACUAGCUGCCAGGGAAGCUGAGCUGCGUAACAGAUUCAAUUAAUCCAUCCAGUCCUUAUCAUAAUCAGCUUGCCGUGCUGCAGUGCAACCUGACUGGAACCGCAGAAAGGUGCAACAGACUGUGUGGGCCACGACGCUAAAGUCGUCUACCCGUCUUGGGUACUUUAGGUGGCACUUGGGACACUAGUGCACGCACACGGAGGCAACAUCUUUUAUAGUGAAAAGGCCUGCUUCUCUCUCACCCAUGGCGGAUAUCAACAGCAGGUCAAACUUGUCGUUGGUGCAAUCGCCCGAAGAGACAAGGCCGCUGCUCCCUAGGAGGGUCGUCGCCCACGAAACAGACUCAGAGCCGCUCUUCUCCUGUGUUACCAACAUGCAUCAUGAUCUCCCCGUCUAUACCAACAUUCAUCGCAUUCGCCGCGACAUUGUCUCCAUUGUUGAGGAUUAUCUUAGCAUCGAACAGCUGCGGGAUGUGCGCAUCAACGUGUCUGUGGUGCGGCCCUUGGUCGAUAAGCUCUAUGAAUUAGAUGAUAUUUCAAUUGUUUAUUGCUUGCUGGUGAAUCGGGUCCAAUUCCUGUACGAGCAGUCUCACUUGAACAACCGCCAGAAUGUCAACUAUGCCCGUGCCACCCUGUGUGAGCUGGUCGCCACUAGAAUUCUGCGGCGUUUCAAUGAAGACAACCCAGGCACUGAGGGGCUCCUGGUAUUGGCACAUAUUCUCAUCGCGGGAUUUCAUCCUUUCCAGAAUGCACCAGAGGAAAUAUGGCGCUCGGAACAUCUCACCCACGAUCGAAUGCACUACCGAACCUUGCCGGCGCUUGAGGUUGCCAUUGUUGGCGAGAGCAAAAUCUUUUUGAGCUCUACUUCGUGUCAGAAGGUAAUCGAUGCCAUCUACACCGGCAGAAUCAUCUACACGCCCUCCAGCUUUCUUAACAUCAUCCCAGAUCGCUACAAGCAGAAACCAAUCUCUCUAUAUGACCCCCGGACAGCCCCUUUGCUUAACCAGUACAGGCUCAUCGUUCCUCGCACUCGUAACGUCCUCGAGCUCAUUCAGUUCAUCAUUCUUCUGUCUCUCUAUCUUGCCUUUAUGGCCGAGCGGGAUGCCAGCAGGGUCAGUGGGAUCGAAAUCUGCUUCGCUGUGUACGGUUUCGGUUGGGUACUGGACAAUUUCGCAACGAUUCUCGAGCACGGCUGGCAGGUCUACACUCAGAACCUUUGGUCAUUCCUGGAUGUUAUAUUCUCGGUCAUCUAUUGGGGCUACCUGAUCGUGCGGCUCUACGGUCUCCACAUGGGGCUACAGAAUCCUGGACAGCAGGCUCUCGAUGUCCUAGCCAUGGGUGCCCCGGUUCUCAUUCCGCGCAUUGCAUUCAACCUCUUGUCCGACAAUCUUCUCUUUGUCUCGCUUCGGGCCAUGAUGUCCGAUUUCACGCUACUGACGGCUAUUGCUGCUUGGUGCUUUGGCGGUUUCUUGCUUUCGCUUCUCUGGCUGGGUGAAGGACAACACAACUCUAUCACAAUUGGGAAAUGGAUGUUGUGGAUUUGGUUUGGAUUAGACGGGACAGGGAUUUCAAAGUCGGUCGAGUUCCAUUGGCUUUUGGGACCGACCUUGAUGAUUGCCUUUACCUUCCUGGGCAACACUCUUUUUUUGACGAUUUUGGUCUCAAUGCUGUCCCACACCUUUAGCACCAUUGUGCAAAAUGCGACGGCCGAGAUUCAGUACCGGCAUGCCGUCCUGACUCUGGAAGGCGUCAAGGCGGAUGCCAUAUUCGCGUACCAGCCGCCUUUCAACAUCUUGGCACUACUCGUCUUAGUGCCGCUAAAGUUUCUCGUCUCGCCUCGCUGGUUCCACAAGAUUCACGUUGCGAGCGUGCGUACUCUGAACCUUCCUCUCCUCCUGAUCAUCGCAUUGGCAGAGAGGUUGUAUCUCUGGCCAAAUGAUGACCCCAACGGAUCGGAAUCGCAGAGGCCCAGUAGCGUCGGCACGGGGCCGAAUAGGAGCUCGGAGUUUAGCGGCAGGCAAUGGGAGUGGCCUUGGGAAAGCUGGCAUAUCACGGCACAUGGAGACAUUCAGGAUGUGUUCGAGGUGCCACCGCCAGAUAGCGUCCUGGAGGAAAUUGCAGUUGAUGACGAUAUGACGCGACAUCUGAUCCGCCGACAAUUUACGCGCUCUGUUAGCCACACGAACGGCGGUGCUGGCCAAAAUCUUGCACCAAGAACUCCUUCCGCAGAAGGAUCCUCACGCCCGCCAGGUGAAGGAAAUAGACGACGGUCGCCAAAGCCGUCGUCGGGCCGAAGGGACAGCAUCACGCCGUUCCCAUCGUUGGUCCAGCAGUUGCGAGGCGCUAUCUCCGAGUCUGACGAGAUGACCGAGAUAACAAGUCGGCUAGACACGCUUGAAGAAUCUAUUGGGAGGAUUGAAGGCAUGCUUACGAAACUCACUGGUGGUUCCACUGAUAGUGACAGCGAUACGGCGGUUCCGGCCGCCAGCCGGAGACGAUGAAAUUUUUGUCGACCUGAAAGAUAAGCGGACAUAAAAUCACAAAACAGCGAACUGUGGGAGGGAGUAUACGGCACCUCCUACACUGAUCAGGCAGUGCUGAGCUACAGCAUCGUUAUUUAGGCGUUAUCGGUAGAAUAGUACUGGUGCACGGUUCAUGGGUUACCUUUUGGGGUGGUUGCAGUACGUGUUUUCUCUACCAACGUAUUGUAUAGAACCUUGGAUGCGAAAGCAGACAAGUAUAGAAAUAAGAAAACAAGAUCAAACAAACACAAGAGAUGGCACCUGUUUGGGUCAAAGUGUGCAUGCAGAGGACAGG